AUGAGUCCUGGUUUAUUUAAAAUUUCACGAAAUGAAAUUAUAUCACCUGCGGAAUUCUUUACAUUGGGCAAAUUAACAAAUAAAACAACGGAUUCGACAAUUCAAAAUAAUUUAUGCUACGUUAAAAUAUUAAUUGAUCAUGAUCAAGUCGAUGGGAAUGUUACAAUUAAAUUUAGUCAAAAUAAAAAUUACACUGUUAAUAAAUUUACUUAUCAGACAUCGUUUUUAUUGUCUGAAUUCAAUGAUUCAAUUAUUAGUACAAUUGAAUAUACAUGUUCAUCGGAUGAUCUAUGUGAUAAAACAUUUGUCAAUCGAUGGAUUCAUUGGAUAGCUGAUAUUAAUUAUGAACCAUUGAAAAAUAAAUUUAUUAAUGUAACAACAUCAAAUGUUCAAUCAAAUAGAUGUCAUAUUGUUUCUGGAAAAAUCAUUGAAUAUUCAAAUUUCAUGGGCUUUAAGCAUAAUAAAACAAUUUUAAGUUAUAGCGAUUGCCCAACAAAUCAAUCAAUAACAACAAAAUUAUUUGAUGUUAAAAUGGAAAGUAUCGAUUUAAAAAAAUUAGAAUAUGACACAAUGGUAUAUAGUUGUAUGUCUGAAAAAUGUUUUGAUGAAAUCACAUUUAAUUAUUUAUGGAACGAAACUGCUUUUUUAUUUGAUCAUAUGAAUUUUGUUGUUGAAUCGAUCCGUUUUACAAAUCAGCUGAACGAUAUACUUGAUCGUUCGUCAAAACGAGUUCAAAUUUCAGUAAAAGGUGAAGCAAAUAAUUAUAUAAUAACACUUAUUAAAAAUUACUCAGCAGAUACAUUUGUCAUUUUGUCUUUUUUCACUAUUAUUCUGUUAAUCAUUUGCUGCUGUUGGUGUUACUGUUGUUUAUGUUUGACAACAUCGAAGCAACUUUUAGAAACUCCUGCAUAA